AAAAAAGUAGAAAGUUCUCGUGACAUUAAAAUGGAAACGAAUAAUGAUAGUAGAAUUAAUAAUAAUUCCAAUAAUAUCAACACAAAUUUACAUUCAUUACCACUAAUAAAACGACACGUAAAAGAAAAAUAUGAUAACGAAGAUAAACUAUAUCAAGAAUAUUAUAAAUUUUCAUUAGAUGAACGCUUAGAAUUAUCGAGAGUAAAUAAUAAAAUAAAAAAUAUUAUUCGUCAUACAUUAAAAUUAUCAAUGAUCGCAGAUAAUGACGAACGCGCUAAAUUAUUUAUCACUGAAAUGUACAAACGUCGUAUACGUUCAAGUACAAUAGUACGUUAUUAUAAUCAAUUAAGACGUGUAAGAUUUUUUGGUUCAUCAGCAAUAAAGCCUAAUCAGCGUAUUUUUGAUUCACAAAAGUCACCACAAGAACGCGUACCACCAAAUAGUAAUAUUGUUAAAUUAAUAGAAUGGUGCGAUAAUAAUAAACAUAAAAAUAAUCGCGCAUACGCAAUAUUAUUUGCUUAUUAUUCCGGUUUAAGAUCAGCUGAAAUAUGUAAACUAACAAUUGAAAAUUUAGUUCAAUUAGAUGAAAGAUCUCCGGUGAUAGCAUUGAAAUGUAAAACAUCUGAUUUUUGGUCAGUACCAUGGAAUCGUGUGUUGGAAGAAUUUAUUGAUGAAUUAAUGGAAGUUUAUAAAAAUAAAGUUGAAAAAUAUCGACGCACGGGUAUUAUUGAAAGUUUAUUCAAUAUGUCAUCACGUGUAUUAUCAAAUACAAUACGUAAUUUUUAUAUGACUGCUGUUGGUGAAGUACCACCAGAUGGUUUUGGUGUACAUGUAAUGCGUUACAUUAUUGGUACCAGAUUGGCACAAGAAAAUGACUUAGCUGCUGCGCAGCAUUUUCUAGGACACGAAAGAAUAAAUACAACUAAACGUUAUGUACGUUAUGAUUUACAACAAUUAAAUUCUAAACUGAGUCAUAUUAUUGAUACCGAUGAAUUUUAUCAACAAUUAUUGGCAUAAUAAUUUCCAUGAAUUUUAUAUAAAAAAUUUAAUAUUUUUUUCAAGAUUUUGCACCUUAUGUCAAUUAUUAUGCAGAUCGGUCACUUAUGAAAUGUCAUUUUUACCGUUUACAAUUUACCUUGAAAAUUUUCAAUUUUUGUAUUAAGAAAUUAAAAAUGUCAAAUAAAAAAAUUUCUAAGCAUAAAUACUAAUAAAAAUAUAUAGCAAUUAUCUCUUGUAGAACGAACAAAUAAAACAUACGAAAGUACGUAACAUACUGGCAGAUUUAAAAUACGGUACAAACCCGUGAUUUCAAUAAGUUUGGAGUAAAUUUUGGAUAACUUCGGUAAAACUACCAGAUUGCCAUAGUUUUCCGUGGUAUUACAGCAUUUUACAGUAGUUAACUGUGAAAUUACAGGAAAGUACCAAAAAGUUGCGUAGAGUGUCAGUAAAUUACAGUGGUCUAUUGACGUUAGUCAUUUAAAUAUUUCAGGCCGGCUAUUCUUUUUUUUUUUUUGGUUAAUAAUAAUUAUAGCUACUCAAAGAUUUGAUAUUUUGUGCAAUUGACGUCCCAUCUAUUUUUCAAAAUUGAAAGAAAAAAUGAUCUAAAAAAUAAAAAAAAAAAA